GUUUUAUAUUUUCGUUUUUAUCAUUUUAAUGUCCAAAAACCAUAAAACAAAAUAAGAAGAAGUAAAAACCAAGCAUACAAAAAAUAUUUAAAAGUGAUAAUUUGAAAAUUGCAGCAUUUAUUUCUAUAACGCAUAUUCUAACCUUCGUAUCUAAUAAAAUGAAAUUGAGACAUGGGUACUACGACAUAUUUGUGCGAACUUGUGCCAAAUACCCUUCCAAAAUUGCUAUGAGACAUUAUGAUAACGGCGGGUACAAGAAUUACACGUAUUCCGAACUGUAUGGAGUGUGCGAGUACAUAUCACAGAACCUGCAACAGAUGGUUUGCGGCAAAGGCAUCAUUGCCUUAGUUUCGGAGAGAAAUAUAAUUAUACCAUGCGUUAUCGCUGCGGCUCACAAAUGCAGUACAAGUUUCAUGUUUUUAGAUCCUUCACAAGAUGUCCAGGCUAUUACUAGUCAAGUGAAUUGUAAAAUUCUGAUUACAAUCAAAGAGUUUGAGAAAGAGGUUUCAUAUAAGCUAAUUGGUAAAAAGCCAGACAAAAGGCUCAUUGUUUUUAACAUGAUCAUAGACUUCCAUGACUUACAACAGAGUGGAAGCCAGCACACCUAUAGACAUAUUCCAGAGCAUUCUUACAUAGCAAUGACGUCCGGCAGCACUGGAGAACCAAAGCAUAUCGAAGUCCCUGUCCAUUGUCUCCAACCAAACAUAGAUGAUCUCACUAAACUGUUUGAAAUUUCACCUCAAGAUGUCAUUUACUUCUCAACACCAUUAACUUUUGAUCCCUCAAUGAUUGAAAUACUCCUAGCUUGUAUGAAUGGAGCCUCUCUACUCAUAGCUCCAGAGAAAACAGACAUACUAUUCCCAGAGAAUAAAGAAAAUUCAGUCACAUUUUGGCAGACCACUCCAUCAAAAUUUUUCCAGUAUUCAAAUGCUGACAUUAAGAAUAAGAUUCUUAGUGCAAAUUCGACGCUUAAAACGUUAGCUUUGGGUGGUGAACCUUUGAAUGGUGUAAAGAGAGUAAAAGAACUAAAGGAUGCUAUGAAUAAAACAAGAAUAUUUACUUUGUAUGGUGUGACUGAGAUGUCAUGCUGGGCUUGCGUCGCUGAGCUGGAUCUCAGUAAAAUAUUGGAUGACAGGGAAAUACCACUUGGUGAAUGCCUCUCUGAGACACAAAUAGUGGUAGAGCCAAGCAACCAUCAAGAGAAGGACACUGGAAGAAUAAUCCUAGUAAGUAAGACAAGAAAAUGUGUAAUUCUAAACAAGUCUAUUGGCACAGAAGAAGAGAAUUCAUUAAAAUUCAUUGACACUGGAGACAUUGGCGAAGUUAGAAAUGGCACUAUUUAUUACAGAGGAAGGAAAGAUGAUAUUAUCAAAAGAUUUGGUCACAAAGUCAACUUGCAAGCAAUAGAAGCAGCAGUGAUGCAGUGUCCGAGAGUUAAAACCUGUUCAUGUGUGUGGCUUCCAAAGCCUAUGCUGCUAGUUGUGUACUUUUCUUCUGAAAGUCUCAGUAGUCAGGAACUUUUGGACUUCCUAAAAUGUAAGCUUGAUGACAAGCUUUGGCCUGACAAAACUAUUAAAGUGGACAAUUUACCAACAAACCCACAUGGCAAAGUAUCCAAACGAAUACUUUCACAAUUGUUUGAAAAAUCUUCACAAAUGCCGAAAACAUUAGAUUCUUUAAGAUCAAUGUUUUUGAAGGAACUGAAAGUAUCAUUAGGUUUAAAUUUAACAUAUGAAGACAUUAAGCACAAGGACUUUUUUGCAAUUGGUGGUACAUCUUUCCUCGCCGUUUCUAUGUGCAAUAGGCUGUCUUUAAUGUACCCACAAUUUGGGAAGUUUAUUUUGCCAUUUCUAGUCAUGCGAAGAAAAACUAUUGAUGAAAUUAUUCAAUUAGCUUACCAGGAAUUGAAUUUAGAAAUAAAGAAGUCAAAAAAACGUUUAAAAAGGUCCAGAUCAAAUACAGAGAGUUUUAUAUCAACUGCUCAAUCUACUAAGAAGUUGAUUGAGAAUCCUGGCCAACAGUCUCCCGAGGAGUAUGUUGUGCUUUGGUCGUAUGACACGGGCAAAUGUGUUGAUGCAUCUCCCACCUUAUAUCAGCAUGGAUUCACCUUGUACGUUACAGUAGGUAGUCACUCAGGACAAAUCGUAGUCAUAGACGCGAUUAGCGGGCUAACUAAAGGCGUUAUCAAAGUGAAGUCGCGGGUCGAAGCUGCAGUUUGCUGUUCCACCGAGGCACCUCUAUCUACGCCGUGUGGCAUGGUGGGCACCUACGAUGGCACCGUAGUCUGUUUCACUCUAGAAACUGGCAAAGAGUUGUGGAGAAUCAAUGUAGGUUCGAUGAUUAAGAGCAAAGGAGUGUGUUGCAAGGGAUUGCUGUAUAUUGCGUCGUAUGAUGGGAAUAUACGAUGUAUGGAUCUUUUGACAGGUGAAAUCAAACACACUAUCAAAGUGGCAGAACAAGCCAUAUCAGCAGACUUGGUACUCGCCAAGCAGGAGUAUAUUCUGCUAGGCACAUUAUCUGGAGCGUGCGCCAGUGUACACGCCGAGACUAAAACUGUAGCGUGGCGCGGCGUACUGGGCAGCCCGGUGUUCGCGAGCCCUGCGCUAUAUGACAACGACAAAUAUGUGGUCUUCGCUGAAGUUAGCGGGGAAAUACAUUGUAGGACUGUGGAGAAAGGGAUCCAGAUUUGGAAGUAUCAAGGAGCAAAAGGAAACAUAUUCUCAUCAAUUUACAUAAAGGAAAUUGACAGAUUAAAAUGGCAAAUGGUGUUUGGAUGCCAUGACAACAAAGUGUACAGCAUCAUGGUCAAGAACUUCCAACCAUUGCUGCAUUGGAAAACCCAACUCACAGCCCCUAUUUACUCUACUCCAAGAAGCUUAGGCGACAAGUUGAUAUUGGCAGUUUCAAACAAUGGGAUACUAUGCAUCCUUGACUCUGAUACUGGAACUGUAAUUUCAGAGUAUACUCUACCAAAUGAAAUAUUUUCAACUCCUGCUGUGUAUGGAGAUUAUAUUUUUAUUGGGUGCAGAAAUGACCAUCUGUACUCUUUGAAAUACAUAUUGAAUGUAUAAUCAUACAAAACUUCUAGUUGCUUGUACAGCAAGUGUGAAAUGUUACUGUGAAUUACAGUCAAUUGACCUAAUUUUUUUUAUUGGAAUGACUAAACUAGAAGUUUAGUUUGGUGAGACUGUGGCAUACCUAAAUAACUUAUAUUUAGUACAAAAAUAUAAAUUAAUCUAGUCAUAUUCAAUAAGAAUAAAGUAUUAAUAUCUGA